AUGCCAGAAAACCCGAACUCAAGAAGCUCUCAAAGAAGGCCAUCUGCGUUCGAUGCGGAUUUGGUCGAAUCAGAGCUUUCUCGAAUGAAUUCUGCGGCAGAUGAAAUCAAUAUUUUGGAAAACAAGCUGAACAAAAAACGAAAAAUCCACGAAAAGCUCGUUCUCAACUUCACCACCGACCUUGGGAAUGUAAAGGCCAAGGUGACAACCGAGCAAAUACAAAACUCCGCGGAAUUUUACCAGAAAAUGAAAGAAGGCGACCGCUUGAAAAAUAUCCUGUCGGAAAAAAAGAAUCAACUGGAGAAGCUGACAGAUGUUAUUGAACUCAUAGAGGCGACGCUUGCCAGGACGAAAUCGUCUGUAAGCGGCCGGGAAAUUGCGAAUAAGAAGCUUCGGGAUCUGAGGCAGAAAAUUGUGGCAAAAGAAAGCCUUGAGCAAGAAAUAAACGAGCUGGAUGCAGAACACCGUCACAAUCUUAUCGAAGCCCGCGUCCAAGCAAAGAAGCACCCGUUCAACAUUCGCAAGACGAAAAACUUCUUCAUGAUCAAGUGGAAAGGCGAGGACGAAAUUCAUUCAGCAAGUGUGGAGAUAGAAGAGCUCUCAAGAUUGCUGGUAACGCAAAAGGAAAAUUAUACGAAUGCGAUGCGCAAUCUUGAGGUUUACUCUGGAAAGGUUCAUGCGAAGCGAUCAAAUAGCCAAAUGUCGACAAAUUCUUCAUAA